AUGGCUCACGGAUUGACAUCAGCGCAGGUCUAUCGAGUCCGAUCUCCUGCUGGGAGGUUACUGGCGCUGAAGAGGGUCACGGCCAGUUGCCCCAAACACUUUGAGGCCUUAGCCAACGAAGUGACUCUGCUGAUGCAGCUGAAGGAGUGCCCAAACAUCAUCCAGGUGCUGGAUGCAGAGGUCCUGCCUGAGCGCCUUCUCAUUCAUAUAGUCAUGGAAGAGGGCCAGAUGGAUCUUGGGAGGUUCUUGCAGAGCCAGACGGAGAUGACCCUGGGAGAUGUGCAGGCCCUGUGGAAGCAAAUGCUGGAGGCUGUGCAGGUGGUUCACCAAGAGCGCGUGGUUCAUUCAGAUUUGAAGCCUGGCAACUUCCUCCUGGUGAAGCAGCGAUUGAAGUUGAUCGACUUUGGCAUCGCCAAGAGGAUUGCCAGCAACACCACGAACAUCAGCCGUGAAUCCUCGGUGGGCACUAUCAGCUACAUGGCCCCGGAGGCUGUGAAGCAGGGUGCCGUGAAGAUUGGACGCCCAUCCGAUGUUUGGUCACUGGGAAUCAUCUUGUACCAGAUGGUCUACAUGCGAGCACCCUUUGCUCAUCUGGAUCCCAUGCAGAGACUCUUUGCCUUGACCGAUCCCAAUGUCUCCGUGGAGUUUCCUGAGAGGCAUCGCUUUGAGAAUCACUCGCCGGCCGUGAAGGCAAUGUUGCUGGAUGUUCUGCAAAGGUGUCUACAACGAGAUCCCAGCAAACGUCCAGCAAUUCCAGAGCUUCUUGAGCACCCCUUCGUGCAGCAAGAGGACCUCAAGCUCUCCCGAGCAUCCUUUGAGCGCACACUGGAGGUGCUCUUGAAAGGCUUUGUUUCUGCCGCCUCAAGUGCCUUGAAGUCGAGUGCGGGUACUGGAUGGGGUAGUGUUGAUGACAACGGUGCUGGUGUCAAGGUGUGGGAGAAUCUGCGUCAGCUCUUAUUGAUGAAGGUCCUGCCAUUUGUUGGCAAGCUCUGGCAGAUGAGGUAUGGCAGCGGCUCACAGAUGGCCCAUCGAAGGCAGCAGCUGAUGCUCCCGGCCAAAGUCUUGCUGCACAGCUGGAGCCCUUCAGGGAGUGGCUGGCGCGCGGCUGCAAGCGGCAGCGUGUGGCUCCGGCCACUGCAGGAGCACAGGUACAGCAUGGCGCUGCGCAUGGUGCGCAUGGUGCGCAUGGUGCGCAUGGUGCGCAUGGUGGAACCAGAAGCGGCCCGACUGCAUCGACAGGCCUUCGGCUGCCCCGCGGGCUACCUCGGUACCGUGGCGAAGUUUCAAACACCAUGGCAGGUAGAAAGGAAACUUGGAUAUCUUCGCUGUAGAUCACGCCGCUUCGCUGAGGGUGCUGAAGGUGAGUCACUUUGUCCAGAUGAAAUUGCUGUCGUCCGGCGUACCUUGCUGGCAGCAUCACUCAUGAUGACCAUGGCUUCACGGCGACGUGUUUGUGCUCAGGGCCCUGCGGGCACUGUGAGGGAGUUGGUGAAAGUCACAGACCCAGAGACCUACUCGGCACUGGUCUACUCCCCACCAUCUGAAAGGAACUCCCUGCCGCUGUUGGUGGUGCUCCCUGGAGCUGGGCGAAACGACAAGGAUGCCUGGGAUCUCGCAAAUUUGAAAGGCGAACAUGGCGGCCUCAUCCCAAGCCUCAUUGCUUCAGGGCAAGCACCCAAAGAACUCACUGAGAACUUCUGUGUGGUGGCACCAUAUGCUGCUGGGAAAAAGAGUUUCUACGAGGAGCCACGGAAGAAGAUGCUUGCCUUCAUCGAGUGGUUCUGUCGCUCAUCGCCGGUGGACACGUCCCGAAUCUUUCUCUUUGGCUUCAGCGAUGGGGCAACGGAGGUCAUGGAGUUGGCCAGCACCAGGCGUUUUGCAGGUUGCAUCGUUUGUUCCUACGGCUUCACGGGUGACCUACCCGCCUUGGCCUGUGAGAGGUUGAAGAACAUCCCGGUUUGGGUCUUCCACUGCGCAGAUGAUGUGAUUUUUCCGGUGAAGUGCAGCGACAAGUUGGUGAAACGCCUGAAGGAGGUGAACUCUAGGGAUGUGGUGCGCUAUUCCCGCUUUGACAAAGAUCAGGAGGGCUUCACGGGCUCGGUGCGUGGGCACAGCAGCGGCAUCACGGCCUCGCGAAGUGCGGAGAUCUACAGCUGGCUCCUGGCCCUGCCAAAGUUGCAGGAGAGGGUUUCUACCAAGUGGGAAGUGGAAAUCGUUUUCUCCAAGCUCUUCCUGUCACUCAAGGCAGAGCGGCCUGCCAUUCAUGCGGAGACUCUCCGAAGCGGCGUUGGUUUGUCGGGCUGGGCCAUAGUGGAAUAUCAACAGAAGUUUUCUUUUUGUCUCUAG